AUGCGACUUGCUAUUGUGCUCGCACUUGUCUCGUCGCUUCAGAUAUUCCAGCAAAGUUCUGUGGAUUACAGAGGACUCGCCACAUUCGAAUACUCGUUUAUUAGUGCGGCAUUUCCGAUAGGUAAAUUUGCGGCGACUUGCGCGCUAUCGAUUUGGAAUGUUGAAUUGCACGAUGAGCUGGAUAGAUGUGCGAAGCUUCUUAUUUUUGGUGCGAUCGUGUCGACGAUGCCAUUCUUUCAAACGGUUUUCGCGAGCAUCGGUCGAUUCCUGAUGGGCUAUUCAGCUGGUAGCGGAUUCGUCUGUGCUCCGGCCGUCCUCCGAAUCGCUGUUCCACAAUGCCUACGGCCUGUCAAUUUUCUGUUCCUGGCGGCGGCUUUCUCUGCUGGAACGUUUCUCGCGAACCUCAUGUUUUAUGUCGACGCAUUCAUUUCUCCUGUCAUCUUUUCAGCAAUGAUGGCCGCAGCUUCCGGAAUUGGUUACCUAAUGUUGAGACCUGAAGAAUAUUCACACUUGAACUGUGAGGAUUUGCAUUCUGAAGGUGUCGAAGAGGACGAAGUCGUGAAAUCCUCUCAUCCAGUUCUUUUUGUUUUUACAUUAAUGGUCCUUAACGCGUCUAUCGGUGUUCCAUUGCUCCAAACCUACAGCACCCUGAUGUUCACCUAUUAUGGUUUUUCCGAACGCGACUCCCGACUUAUUUCAAUUUUCUACCCAAUUCUUCAAAUGAUUCCGCUAUUAAUCUCGUUUCGAUUGAACAUCACAAGAAAGAUAAUGGUGCUUGGCGGCUAUUAUAUUGCAAUUUUCAUUCAAUUUGUCAUCAUUUUGACAUCAACAUACCCAUUUAUGCCAGAAAAACAUAUUCAAAUCGCGAUGACAACACUUUUAAUCCUGCUUUCGAUAUCAUUCAUUAUUCCGUGCAAUACUGGAUUAUGCAUUUUGUUUGAGCAAUUCGACAAUGGUAACAUCAGAACUGCUAGCAAAUCAAGAGCUGUCAUGUGGUUUUUAUCUUCCAUUGGAACGUUGACAUUUGCCAAAAUGCUUGCCGAAUUUGGAUUCGCAAUCGCAUUUCUUCCAUAUUUUCUCAUUUCUGUAGCUUCAUACGCUGUUCUGUGGAAUGUUUUCCCGCGAAAAUCGAAUAAUAUUUAUUAA